AUGUUCUCAUACUUACUUCUUACCGCCAUCUCUGUCCUAAUCCAAGGAGCAUUCACCGCUCCUGGGGAGCUCAUUGAUCGUCAAGGAGGCUACUACUACUCCUUCUGGUCCGAGGGUGGCGGUAAUUUCCGCUGCACCAACGGCGCAGGAGGCCAAUACAGCGCUACCUGGUCGGGAACAGGCGGCUUCGUAUGUGGCAAGGGAUGGAGUCCCGGCGGAUCAAGGCAAGUCAGCCCAUCCGGCAACUACUCCCCCACUGGUCCCGGCUACCUCGCCGUCUACGGCUGGACCCGCAACCCGCUAAUCGAGUACUACAUCGUCGAAUCACAUGGUGACUUAAGUCCAGGCGAACCAUGGACAGCGAAGGGGAACUUCACGUUCGAGGAGGGAACGUACGAGCUAUACACGAGCACGCGCGUCAAUAAGCCUUCAAUUGUGGGCACGGCGACCUUUCAGCAGUACUGGUCAGUGCGUACGGAGAAGCGCGUUAAUGGGACGGUUACUACGGGGAGACACUUUACUGAGUGGGCGAAUGUUGGACUCAGGUUGGGGUCCCAUGAUUAUAUGAUUCUGGCUACGGAGGGGUACACCGCUACGGGGGGCAAUGGGAGUAGUGGGACGGCUAGUAUUACUGUGACAUAG